UUACCUAAAGGAGGCGUGUCUACAUAUGUCAACCGUGAUCUUUGGGGGAAAAUAUCCUCUGCAGCUGACACUGAAACCGCGCACUUGUUGGUGUGUCGUGCACAUCGCUUAUUGCAAAUAAUGUCGGAAUGCAUCAAAAACGUCGCGAUAUUUGGAGCCACGGGAAUGACCGGGCUGGCGACCCUCCCGCAAGCGGUGGCUGCAGGAUACAGUGUGACGGUGCUGGUGCGGGACCCUGGCAGGCUGCCCGCUGACCACAAGGCAUCACGAGUGGUGGUGGGAGACGUACUCAAUAAGGAGGAUGUGAAGAAGACCAUGGAAGGCCAGGACGCUGUGAUCAUCAUCCUGGGCACCAGGAACGAUCUCAGCCCGACCACCAUGAUGUCUGAAGGCACCAAGAACAUUGUUGAAGCCAUGAGGGCUCGUGGGAUCCGCAAGGUGGUCGGCUGCAUGUCAGCCUUCCUGCUGUGGGAUCGCUCCAAAGUCCCGCCCCGUUUGCUUCCUGUGACAGAGGACCAUGACAGGAUGUACACAGUGCUGAAAACAUCAGGGCUGGACUACGUGGCCGUCAUGCCUCCUCACAUUGGUGAUGACCUUCCUCUGACGGAGCGUUACAUGGUGACAGAGAACAUGCUAAAAGGAAGAGCCAUCUCCAAACACGACCUGGGACAUUUGUUCGUCAAGUGUCUGUCCACCUCAGAGUGGGACGGCAAGACUGUCGGAGUGUGGGGAGAGUAUAAAUAAUCCUGAACUACACAGUGACGGAGUUCACCAACCGCCAUUUUUUUAUUUCCACCAAAGACACUGCAGAGAAAGUAUUUCUUUAUGCUGAGACUAAUAAAUAAAGGAAGACAUGA